UGGCCACACUUCAUCAUUAUGGCGAAACUGGUAGUGAUUGCAGCCUUAUUGCUAGUUGGAAUAAACGGAUGGUUGAGAGAUGAAGGAGUUACUCUGGUGAAAGCGCUGGAUAUCGGCUAUGAACUUAUAGCUGCCAUGUUGGAUACCUUAAAUGCGAACAUGCAGAAAGCCAACAAACUAUCACAAGAACAGUUCAACACCUUGAAGGCAGAGCUCGCAAGUAUACAAGAAACUGUCCGAAUCAUCGAAUCACGGACGAAAGAAAACUUCAGCAUCAAUGUUCCAUCGAAUGAGAACAACGAGACGGAACUUGUUGUUUUCACCCACUUUGAUGAAAAAAACGGAGGCAACGAAAAUCCAAAAAUUCGGAAUGUGACAAGGCCAUGGUACAAAAGAUGGUAAAAUACGUUAAUCAGAACGAGCGCUGACGAUUCUCAAUCAUGGCCCCGUUCACGAUGAUAGUUUUGACGAUGCGAACGUGACCGUGUGAACACUGAUUGCUCGGAUUGGCUGAAGUUAAGUUAAACAUAAGCUAAAAUCAGAGGUAUAAAAUAGGAUCACACGCACACGCACACACGCACAUCUGAUGAACUUUUCUGCACACUGGGUGAAUUCUGCCGCACACUUGGUGAACUUUGUUCACACUUGAUGAAUUCUGCCGCACAUCUGAUGAAUUUUGCUGCACAUCUGGUGGACUUCCGCCCGUCCAGGGCACAUUUCCGCACACUUUAAUGUGCUACCAAUGUGCUUUUCUUGCUCUCCUUACACUAUUAUUAAAAAAGUUAAUUCCUUUAAAUACCUUUAAUUCAAGUAGACUUAGAGCACCUGUAUCCGUGGUCCAAACAGCCGGUUAAGACCCAAAUUCCGACCCGAGCAACCGCACUGGUGAUCCAUUAUACAAGUUUCAACUCAAUUUUUUUUAGAGUUAAUGGAACACGAGUGCAGUUGCCAGUUUUUUCAUUGGAUCGGAUCUAAUUUCUUUGGUUCAAUUCUUGAAUAAAUUAAACCCAAAAAUAGACCACGAAUACAGAUGCUCUUAGGUUCAAGUUAAAGACACAAAAGUUUUUUUGUCAUAUUAUUUCUAGAAUAUAAGAAACUUUUCACUUUUGAACGCUCUAUCAUAAACAAGUAGUGGUGAAAACAUUACAUGAUUAAAAAUUAUCAUUAAAUUAUAAUAAUUUACAUUAUUUUAUAAAAAAAAAUAAAAUAAAAUAAAACAUGUGGCAACCGAAUACGUCAUGUAGAAUUAAAAAAACAGUCCAUAUACAUUUUGUAGAUUGACUCAAAAAAUCUGAUGACGGUGCCCGAAACACUCCUUAGUGAACAACAAACGAAACCGGCAGCGCCUUGUUUAAAUAACGCACGACUGGAGAAACCUGAGGUCGCAGAAGACUACGCGCAAUCACUCGAGCCAGCGCUGCCGACAGAGGCUAGAGGGCGAGCUCGACGAAGCCCCUCUCGAGAACUAUUGGGAUACCGUUGAUACUGGUUCGACAAGGAGUGUAGGAGGGUGAGGGACGAAGAGAAGGCCGCAGUAGUGCAGUAGUGCAAAGAGGUACUCGUAGAAACGUAGAAAACUAUCAACAGCAGAAGAGGCAGCGAGUCCAAAUUUUCCAGGAAAAUAAGAACCGCCUGGAAGACGACCUAGAGCAGUUGCAUCGUUCCCUAAAACCUGAAAGAAAGUUCUACCAGAAGUUCAACGCAUCCCGCAAAAGCUUCGUGCCGCAAGCCAAAAUGUGCCGGGAUAAGGACGAAGGCAUCCAGACAGACAAUCGUGAGAUAAUAAAAAGGUGGAAGUAGAACUUCGAUGAACACUUGAACGGCACAUAUGCAGGAGACCAGGACAGUAGCAACACCCAACGAUAAGUGAAGUUAAAGAAGCCAUUCGCCAGCUGAAUAGCAAAAAGUCGGCAGCCUAUUGCCUACAUCGGUUGAUGGUCUGGAUCUGGGACACAGAACAGCUACCGGAAGAGUGGAAGAAGGGGGGGGGGGGGGCUUAAUAUUCCCCAUCUUCAAGAAGGGCGACAAAUUGAACUGUCCUCAAUGCCAUCUACAAAGUGUUU